UUUCUGCUCCUUCCUCCCCCGGGAUUUUGCAUUUUCAUUCGCCUACUUUUUCUUCUUCGAUCUCCGAUCGGUUUCCGAGUAAAAGGAAGGUCUUUCGCAGCAGAGCCAAGCAUUGAUCCCUGAUCUUGGGGUUUGGAAAGCUCAUCUGCUGGGUUUUUAUAUAUGAUGAGUUUGGGUACUGGUUUGGGGGUGGGUUUCGGUAAGUAACUUGAAGGGUCUUGUCACAUUAUGUGAGUUGAUAUAAUUGAGAGCUUAACAAUUGACGGAUAACUACAAGGAGUUGUGAGUUAUUUUUUAUUUAGGUUUUAGCUUACAACACUUAAAGAUAACCCUUAGGCAUGGAUCGUCUCUAGAUUAUUCCAUAUUGCAUUUCAUGUCAUUUGUUUUAUAUAGUAUCAGUUUUGUCAUCGUACUACUUAAAUAAUUGUUUGAUUCAAUUGUUAACCUAACAUAUAUCUGUUUGUGGGUGUUUUACUUUGUCCAAAUUUAAUUUCCAGAGUGCAUAUAAAGUGGUAUGGAUGAUAAAUCUCUGUUUGAAUACCUAUAAUUAUAGUAUACUACUAUACUUGUCUUUUCUUGCACAGAGGAGUCAAGUGAUAACCAGCUUUAUAAAAGUAAUACCAUGGACAGCAAAAUAAUGCAGUUUGAGAGGAAUAACAGCAAUGUGGAUGAUAAACACCCUUGUGUGUGGUCUUCUCCUGAAGGAGGACAAAUGAUUGACAUAGGAAAGCAGAUCUUUUGCAAUAGAUCUCUAAACAUGCGUAAUAUAGUUGCUGUCGGAUUUGAUAUGGAUUAUACAUUGGCGCAGUAUAAAUCAGAGACAUUCGAAUCACUUGCCUAUGAGGGCACAGUCAAAAAGCUAGUUCAUGAUUUGGGAUACCCAGCUGAGUUGCUUGGUUGGUCAUUUGAUUGGACUUACAUGGUCAGAGGGCUUGUCCUAGAUAAAAAGAGAGGCAAUAUACUGAAGAUGGACAGGCAUAAGUACGUCAAAGUAGCUUAUCACGGAUUUAGAGAGCUGUCAAAGGAAGAGAAAGUUGCUACAUAUGGGAGUACACUAAUCCGUGAUGCAUUUGAUGAGCCUGAAUAUGCUUUAAUUGAUACCCUUUUCUCCCUGGCUGAAGCUUACUUAUUUGCACAACUCGUUGACUUUAAAGACAACAACUUGGGAAAAAUCCCCGCAGACUACUCUCGUAUGUAUAAAGAUGUUCGAGCUGCAGUUGAUCUGUGCCAUCGUGAUGGGACAUUGAAAAAGAUGGUUGCAAAAGAUCCCCAAAGAUAUAUCAACGAAGACUCCUCAAUUGUUCCCAUGCUAAGGAUGCUUAGAGAUUCUGGGCGUGCUACCUUUCUGGUGACAAACAGCUUAUGGGAUUAUACAAAUAUUGUGAUGAACUUCCUCUGUGGACCAAGAUCAGCGGAAGAUUGCUCUGUUCUGAAUUUUGACUGGCUUCAGUAUUUUGAUGUUGUUAUUACUGGGAGUGCGAAACCAGGUUUUUUCCAUGAUGAAAACCGUGCGAGUCUUUUUGAAGUGGACCCAGAGUCGGGUAUGCUUCUUAAUACAGAUAAUGGAACUCCUAUGCCUCAGGUAGAUUCUUCUCUAAGGUUGCCACUAAAGAUCCUGGAUAAAAGCUGUCAAGUUUUCCAGGGAGGAAAUGUUGGCCACCUGCAUAAAUUGCUGUCCAUAGAGUCAAGCUCCCAGGUACUUUAUGUUGGAGAUCACAUAUAUGGAGACAUUCUGCGGAGUAAAAAAGUUCUCGGAUGGAGAACAAUGCUAGUUGUUCCAGAGCUUGAGAAGGAAGUAGAACUUCUUUGGACAUUAAGAGAAACUCGCAAGGAACUUCAGUUGUUUAGGUAUAAGCGUGACCAUAUCGAGGACCAAAUUCAUCAUCUGAAGUGGUCUCUCAGGUUUGAUGGCAAGAACUCUGUCAAUAAUGAAGAGCUACUUUCUGAACUAGAUAAAUUGGAGUGUGAGCAGGAGGGAGCACGGCUGAGUCAUCAAGAAGCGCAACGAGAAUGUCAUCAGAAGUUGAUCGACAUUUCUCAGUUCCACAAGGUAUGGGGACAGCUGAUGAAGACCGGAUAUCAAAAUUCACGCUUUGCUCAUCAGGUGGAGAGAUUCGCUUGCCUGUAUACAGGCCAAGUUAGUAAUUUGAGCCUCUAUUCACCGGACAAGUACUAUAGACCAAGUGAAGAUUUCAUGCCUCAUGAGUUCGAUAUCGUCUCCCUCUGAAGAUACGACCAACAAGGAAUCGACUUAUGUGAAGGUAGCGACCGUUUAGACUAUUCACCCCAUAGAAGUUGUGAAUCAUUUUCUUAGUCCCCAAUUUCAUAAACUCUUUUUCUUUUGUGUCAAUAAGAAAAAGUUUUAAACUGCGACGCUAGAAUACAGUGUUGACAGAGGAAUGUAAUAGAGUGUUGGAUUCGUUGACUGCAACGAAAUAUAACUACUCUAUUUACAAUCUAUUCUCUUGUACAUGAAACAAAUAUUAUGCUUUAAGAAAAGGUAAAUGGGUUAGCAAUUUUAUGAAUUGAAAA